CAGAGCAAGCAACACAUGAAACUGAAUUCCAGCAUAAUGCGUUUCUCCAUGUUGUUGUUAUGGACAACAACAUUGUUGGUCAGUGUGAACUCAGAUCUAGCUUCGGACAGGGCAUCCUUAAUGGCUCUUCAAGCAGCUGUCGGUGGACGCUCGCGUCUAUGGAAUCUGUCGAGCAGCCCCUGUACUUGGACCGGCGUAAACUGUAGCGGAGACAGAGUCGUCGAGCUAAGAAUGCCUGGAAUGGGACUGUCAGGCAAGCUUCCCAUCGCCAUUGGCAACUUAACUCAGCUCCAGACACUCUCUCUUCGAUUCAAUGCUCUUUCUGGGCCAAUCCCAUCUGAUUUUUCAAAGCUGACCUCUCUUCGAAACCUCUACUUGCAAGGCAAUGGAUUUUCCGGUGAGAUUCCUGUGUUUUUGUUCACUUUGCAGAACCUGAUUAGGCUUAAUCUUGCAGACAAUAAUUUCACCGGAUCUAUCCCAGAGAGUGUUAACAAUUUGACUAGGCUGGGUACUUUGUAUUUGGAGAACAAUCACUUAUCUGGGAUUUUACCAGAUAUUCGUUUGCCUACACUUGUGCAACUCAAUGUUUCUUUUAAUCAGUUGAAUGGGUCAAUCCCAAAAGGAUUGUCAGGGCAGCCAAGGACUGCUUUUCAAGGGAAUGCUUUAUGUGGGAAGCCAUUGGUUUCUUGUGGUGGAACUCAAAGUAGUGGGAGUAAAUUCUCUGGUGGAGCCAUUGCCGGCAUUGUUAUUGGGUCUGUGCUUGUUUUUCUGUUGAUUUUGAUUCUAUUGAUAUGUUUAUGUAGAAGGAAGAGUGGUAAGAAAAUGGAGUCAAGGGACAUUGGCCCUGCAAAACAGGCUGAGGUUGAAAUUCCUAGAGAAAAGGCGAUAGAGGAAGAUAAUAAUAGAAGUAACGGGUUGCCUGGGGAUGUUGGUACUAAUAAUAGAAGUAAUGGGUUAUCCAGGGUAGCCAAAAAGGAUGCUAAGAGUAAUGGGAGUAAGAGUUUGUUGUUUUUCGGGAAGGCGGCGAAGGUGUUCGAUCUGGAUGAUUUAUUGAGAGCUUCUGCAGAGGUGUUGGGGAAGGGAGCAUUUGGGACGACUUAUAAGGCCACGUUGGAGACAGGGAUGGUUGUUGCAGUGAAGAGGCUAAAGGAUGUGAUGGUGCCGGAGAAGGAAAUCGAAGAGAAGAUGGUGGUAGUCGGAGCCAUGGAUCACGACAACUUGGUCCCGUUAAAGGCCUGCUACUUUAAUGGGGAUGAAAAGCUCCUUGUUUAUGAUUACAUGCCCAUGGGAAGCCUGUCUGCACUUUUGCAUGGUAACAGAGGAGCGGGCAGGACUCCAUUGAAUUGGGACACACGGUGGGGCAUUGCCCUUGGAGCUGCUAAAGGCAUUGCAUACCUCCAUUCGAAGGGCCCCAUAACCUCCCAUGGGAACAUCAAAUCCUCAAACAUCCUACUUACUACAUCCUAUGAAGCUCGUGUAUCUGAUUUCGGUCUUGCUCAGCUCGCUAGUUCCCCGUCGGCUCCAACCCGUGUAGAUGGCUACCGUGCCCCAGAGGUAACAGAUGUUCGUAAAGUAUCCCAAAAGGCAGAUGUCUAUAGUUUUGGUAUAUUGCUUUUAGAACUACUUACUGGUAAGACACCUACACAUGCCUUACUAAAUGAGGAAGGGGUAGACCUUCCAAGAUGGGUCCAAUCUGUUGUCCGAGAAGAGUGGACAGCCGAAGUGAUCGACCUCGAACUUCUGAGAGACCCCGAUGUUGAGGAAGAUAUGGUCCAACUCUUGCAGCUUGCCAUCGAUUGCACCGCUCAAUAUCCCGACAACCGUCCUUCCAUGGCCAAGGUGAUGAGCCGAAUCGAACAACUUGGCCGAUCUAGCUCCGGGGAAGGGACUCGUCAACUUCAUGAUGUUGCAGAUGAUUGAGGCUCCACCUUCUUCAGUAAAGGACUAAAGCCAUCAGCCAUCAGCCAUCAGCCAUCAGCCAUCUUUCCAUUGUCAUUAUGCUUAGAGUCUUG